AUGUCAUCAAAUUACACACCUGAUAUUGAAUAUGAUUAUUUAUUUAAAAUAUUAAUUAUUGGUGAUAGUGGAGUAGGAAAAACAGCAAUUUUACAACGAUUUGCUCAAAACUAUUUUUCAAAUGAAUAUUUCGCUACUAUUGGUGUUGAUUUUCAAAUUCGAACAGUUAAUGUUGAUACAAAACGUUGUAAAUUACAAGUAUGGGAUACAGCUGGUCAAGAUCGUUUUAAAUGUGUUGUAUCAUCAUUUUAUCGUGGUGCACAUGGUGUUAUGGUUUGUUUUGAUAUAACGGAUGCUCAAAGUUUUCGUAAUGUUGAUAACUGGCUUGCCGAAGUAAAAAAAUUUCGUGUAGAUCAAACACCUGUUUAUCUUGUUGGUACAAAAUCUGAUUUACAAUCGAAACGUGCGAUCUCUGAUUCAACAAUAAAAACAUAUGCUGAUACAAAAAACUUAUCUUAUAUUGAAACAAGUUCAAAAGCGAAUGAAAAUGUUGAAAAUUGUUUUAUUGAUUUUGCACGAACAUUAGUUACAUAUACUGAUCAAGUAGAAAUAAAUCAUAAAAGUAAACAAAUAGAACAACCACCGGUUACCAUAGGUGAUGAAACAAAGCCGGUCACGACUGGUGGAUGUAUAGGAGAACAUAGAUGUACCAUUUAA